AUGGACUGUUCCAUUAAGCGCAAGAAAGGCGUGAACUGGACGAUUCAAGAGAACGAAUUGGUCAUCGAACUGUUCCUGGAUCACUACGAUACGUACUACUUCAAAUUCUCUGACGGGUCGAAAAAGGGUACAAAAGCGGUUCGUGAUUCUUUGCACGAAAGAUGGGCUGAGCAACUGACUCGGUUGGGAUUUGCUGAGCGAACGCCUUCGCAGGUUGCUGAGAAAAUCAAAAAGAGUAUCAUCGUCACUCGAAAAUAUAUCAACAACAGCGGUGAGAAUCUGCGCUCGGGAUCCGUAGAAUACCUACCGGCAUUUCUUAGGCCGCUGGAGAAGAAGCUGCGAGAGGAGUACGCUAAGCAGGCGAAUGGUUGUGAAGAUGGUGCAAUUCAAUUUUAUGAGUUAUUGAAAGAUGUCAAAGAAGAGUCCAUGAGUUCUACAGGAGGCAAAGACGCAAGCGAUAAUCACUCUUUGGAUGUGGAUCUUGACAUUGAACCUAGUACUAGCAGCUUGUUUGAGAGUUCCAUGACUCGUCUUUCUCAAAUGGCCAAUCUACCGCAGUCCCUUGAUCUCCCUAUUGCGCCGGUGACACCAUUCAAGAAUUCAUUGAUACUACCAUCCGUGAAUGGAAAGAGUAAAAAGCGUUCGUCUGAUGAAGAGCUAGAUGACCUGACUCUAAAACGUCAACGCCUUCUAGAGGCAGAAUCGGAGCUCCUCGAACGAAAGCGUCAUCUCGUUGAGAUGAAAAUCAAGUACUGGGAAGAAAAGAUGAAACGCCUUGACAAACUAGAGGAGCAGCGACGAUGA